AACUCAGAGCCUUAGAGCUAUGCCAGUUUGUAAAAAGUAUUAUGUAAAUAAAUAAAAAUAAUUUUACGUGUGUUACGAAGUGAUUUCAUUUUAUAAUAGCAAAAUUUAAUAUUAGCACCAAUUACUUGAGCAGAUAACAGUCAUAACCAUCAGAUUUCAUUGUACUAACUCAGAGUUUUAGAGAUUAAAGUUACCAUAAAAAUGAAAGCAGUUUUGAUAUUUGACAAUGUGAACGAUUUAUUAUUUUCUAAAUGGGAUGAAAGUUUUCUAUGUCGUAUGAAAACAUUUAAUGGUCAAGAGAAGGAUGGAAAUAUCACAGACAAUCACCACAUAUCACAGCUGCUCUCGCCGAUCAUCACAUCUCAGAGAGUUAUGGCAGCACAGUUCAGCAAUACCUAUACCUCCAUGCAAUGUAAAGAUAACACAACCAUAGUAUUUGAUGAGUGGCUAGACCAUGUGUUCAUGAUAAUCAGUGAGGAUGACAUUGACGAUGCACAUCGUGAACUGCUUGAUUGUAAAACCCUUGUGCAGCAUAUUUGUGGCCAGAACAUCAACUUAUUACAUUCCUCCACAUAUCAGGAAUGGUUAUCAGUGCUGCUAGAGAGUCGUGACAAAGGUGACUCAAUCCCAGGUGCCAGUGGAGUGAUAGGGGAGAGUGGGGCAACCGGAGCUGCUCUGAACGCAUUGAGAACUGUCUCGAAGGAGAUCAAGUGCUCGCCACACCAACAUUACCAUAUUCUACUGUUUGUUGGAGAUAAGAUGUUGGCUUUAUACUCCAGCCGUGGAUGUGAAGAUCUAAUGCCGCCAGAUCUCAUCCUGCUGAGUGUGCAGUGUGUCGCCGCUCAGGAAUAUUGGAGGGAGAUGCGAGAAAAUGACAGCACUAGUGAAAAUGUUCACUUACCGUGGCUGUCGCAGGAGAACAGCGCCAUCGUUCACCUGUGCGGCGGCGGGUCGGGCAGCCCGUGCGCGCCGCACUCGCUGCACCUCGCGGAGCUCGCGCCGCGCGUCGUGUUCGCUGUUCUCAUUGAUAUGGAACUAAGGGAGGUGGGCAUUGCAGUGCAUAUGUCUAGUCAGAUAUUGUCGAAUCUGCGUCGACUUUUAUUGCAAAGGAAUUUGGAAGUGCUACCAAAUACUCUCGACUCUUUGGAAGCAACAUUAAAAAAGACCACAGAAGCGUUGCGUAAAAAUAAGGGUAACUCCACACUAUGCGCUCGCAUCACCACCAAGAUGAUAGAGUUGCGCAAGUCGUGCACGACCACCACGCCGCUGACGCCGGAGACCACCGCGACAGCGCUGCACACCGCCCUGGACGCCGUCAUUGACCACCUCAAGCCUGACAUACCGAGCCUUAAGUUGGAACACCCUGUGAAGGAGGUCAGGGCCCUGUUGGCCCCGUACAUCGACUUCCUUCGCGUGAAAGCGAUGCGAUACUUCAGUUUGGAGUCUGGCGAGCCGGACGCGGGUAGUUCCCUGACUCUACACAAGUAUGUGGAGGAGUUCCCCGGACUCAUCCACUUCGUGUACAUCGACCGCAGCACCGGACGCUUCCUGGCGCCGGACAUGGCGGACUGCGUCGACAUGCUCACGCAGCGCACGGUCCGCAGCACGCUGAGCACGGCGAUGCGCGCGCUGCGCGAGGGCUACGGCGCGGCGGUGUGGCGGCGCGGCGCGCUGCACGUGUGCGCCGUGCGCUGGUUCGAGCGCCGCGGCGCGCCUGCCCGCCCCGCCGCGCCCCCGCACCCCGCCGCCGUGCGCGCGCUGCCUCCGCCCGCUGACAUGCUCGGCGCGCACCACAGGCAGCUGAUCGAGCUGGCGUUCCCCGGCGACGGCCAGGGCGUGAGCGUGAAGGAGCUGGUGUGCGUGCACCUGGGGCUGCUGCCCGCCGCCACCGCCGUGCAGCAGGCGCGCCGCCUGGCGCACUCCGUGCACGAGCUCACGGCCGACAGCCCGCCCGUCGCCGCCGACCUGCUGUAGGGACUCCCUCGGAGGACUCCUCAGGCUAAUUACAUAGGAUAGUAUUCCCACCCCACACCCACAUUCACAAACAAAGUCUGUCGAUUUUUGAGGGGGAUGAGGUAAACUCACUCAAAUAGUUGACACCAAUAAACAUAUCCUGUGUCCAUACACAAACAACUACAAAGGAGAUGGUCCAUUUCAGGUCCACUCUUGUACCCCGUAUCAUUAAAAUUUAAAAAUACAAGGAUUUUAUUAAAAUUUAUUAAAAUGAUUAAAUCUAAGUAAACAAAAAGAAAUAACUAAAACCCUAAGUUUAUGAGUUAUAUCAAAGUGGCGCCCAUAGAGCAACUAUGACAUGACAAUUGACAGGAAACGUCAAAUCGAAUAUUGCAUUGAAAAUGUCAUCUAUCCGCCAUUAUUACCCCUAAUAAUGUUUCAUUUAUUGGUAGAUAAUGAAUAUUAUUUCGAAAGAAUUAAAGUAAAUUCGUAGAUUUGUAUAAUCAAAAAUAGUUAAAAAAAAAAAUAUCUUCUUUUAUUUCCGCUAGGGUACAAUGACUGAUCCUGGGAUCCAUACAAUUUUGGACCAUCUCCUUUAAAUCGUAAUACAAACACAUGUAAUUAUAACACAAUAAAACAUUUAUUCUAUAGAUUCAGUUUGUAUAAACACGUUAGAUCGUGAUCAUAUACUAUUAACAGAGGGGUAACGUCUAGCGAGGCAGGUCCAAUGGUAAUUGGUCUGAGGGGGGAUAGUCCAAAGAGUAAAUUGAUGUAAUAUGCAGUCUAACAUCCGUAUUAGAAACGACCUUCACCCAUCUGUUUAUUGGAUGAAAAGGGUUUUAUAUCACAAAUUCAGUACUAUUAUAAAAUAUAUUAUUAUAAUAGUAUUAUUAUAAAAGAGAUUCUUCCAACCCUGGUCAGUUUGGAUUUUAAAAUAAUUAUUAUUAUACUAAAUUGGCGUAGGUCUGGUCUAAUGGUAGACAUCAGCUGUUUGCCACCCAUGCAGACGAUUUCAAUUCACCAAACGAUUUAACGUUCCGGUACAAUUGCUGCAUAAAAUAAGCUUGUAGGAUUAUCGGUUCAUCUAAGACUGUACUAUCACAUAAUAUUAGGUGAGAUCGCAGUCAAGGGCUAAUUUCUCAUUGGAUAAAAAAAUCAUUUAUUAUGUUGGUGACGGGAAGCUUCUUUUCUAGAACUUACUUAUUUUGUUUUUGGUUUUACACAUAGCAAACCUAUUUAAUAUUUUGCUAUCUAUCGAAAACAUGAUCGAAUUGUUGACUUAUACUCUUACAUUCCAAGCUUUUUUCCAGAUGGGAAUUACAUAUACACACUGUAAAAUGAAAUUUAGUAAAUAAUUCGAUUAAAACUUUAUGACCUCUCGGGUAUCACCCCAAAGGCGACUCUUUAACACCCUUGAUAUUCGUUUUUUUUUCUUUUGAAAAGACUGUGCCAAGAAUACUUAGGUCAAUAGUCCUGAGGGCGGGGAUCGAACCCCGAUCUCUCGGUGAUGAGUCCAGCCUCUUUAGCGUGCGCGUAGCAACAGCCGCAGCUAACUACCGAAACGUCAUAAAAUUUGUAUCUGGCUGUACCUACCAUCCAUUUGAAAUUAAUUGUAUUUAGUUUUAUGUAGGUAGUAGGUACUCAUAAGAGACAGGUAAUAGACAUGAGUUAUUGCAAUAAGAUCUAGUCAAAAAUAUAAUCUAUAGAAAAUUAAAUGUGUGUAAAAUAAAUUAACCAAAAACUUUUUCUUGUCUGUAAGCAUUGACCUCUUAUAAUAAAAGGACGCUCAAUCAUGUAGAAAUUUAAAAUUAUACGUACCUUUAAAUAUAGUCCAAUAUUCAAUAAAAUCCUAAAUCCAGAGAAAAUUCAACCUUAAGCACUGAGUUUAAGGUUGAAUUUGCAAAUGCGACUACUUGAAGUGAGUGCCAAGAAGUUGUGUUUGGCAUUCAUUGAGUGGGGACGUUAUUUGGUCGCUGAUUGUGCAUCCACCUUUUAAUAGGAGAUCGUUGUCUGUAAGAAAUUUAUAUGACAAAAUAAAUAUCUCUACCUACUUUAAUCAAUAUUUACAUAAUAUAUCAAUGUGCCAUUCAAGAUUUUAAUGUUAAGUUAAUGAUCCUAAAUAAAAUUAUAUGAUAUGUACUUACUAAAUAAAUCCCUUAUGAAAU